GUCCAGCUAAUACGCACCCCUGGUGUACCCCUGCAGGGCGAUACGUGCUGCUGGAUGUGUAUUGUCCAGCUAAUACGCACCCCUGGUGUACCCCUGCAGGGCGAUACGUGCUGCUGGAUGUGUGACAAGUGUGAGCCGUUCGAGUUCAUGAAGGACGAACACACGUGCGAGGACUGUGGUCACGGCCGGUGGCCCUACCCCGACAAGCUCUCCUGCUACGACCUCGAGGUGCAGUACAUGAAGUGGACCUCGCCGCUGGCUAUCGGGCCCAUCGCCAUCGCAGUCAUCGGAAUAGUGCUUACUGUGGCGGUGAUUUUGGUGUUUUUGCGUCGGGACGACACGCCGAUCGUGAAGGCGUCUGGCCGCGAGCUGAGCUACAUGCUACUGGCUGGCAUCCUCAUCUGCUACCUCAACACGUUCCUGCUGCUCACCAAGCCCAGUCCGGCCGCCUGCGCCCUGCAGCGCGUCGGCGUCGGGCUCGGCUUCGCCUUCAUCUACAGCGCCCUCUUCACCAAGACCAACCGUAUCUCACGCAUCUUCGACUCGGCGUCGCGCUCUGCCAAGCGUCCGAGCUUCAUCAGCCCCAAGUCCCAGAUCGUGAUCACGACGCUGCUCAUCUCCGUGCAGCUGCUGGCCACGGCCGUGUGGCUGCUGGUCGAGCUGCCCGGCGUGCGCUACGACUACCCGGACCGCGGCCAGGUCAUCCUCAAGUGCCGCAUCAAGGACUCGUCGUUCCUGGUGUCGCUCGUCUACAACAUGGUGCUGAUCGUCGUGUGCACCGUGUACGCCGUCAAGGCGCGCAAGGUGCCCGAGAACUUCAACGAGACCAAGUUCAUCGCCUUCACCAUGUACACGACGUGCAUCAUCUGGCUGGCGUUUGUGCCCAUCUACUUCGGCACGGGGAACUCGUUCGAGGUUCAGAUCACCACGCUGUGCGUGGCCAUCAGUCUGUCGGCCUCGGUGGCGCUCAUCUGCCUGUACGCGCCAAAGGUCUACAUCAUCGUCUUCCACCCGGAGAAGAACGUGCGGAAGCUGACGAUGAACAGCGCGGCUUACAGAAGAGCCGUCUCCAGCUCGGCAGCGCCCUCCUUCAACCACGGUGAGCGCUGCAGAUGUGACUAG